AGUCCGCGAGCACAUUCAUGGCUUACAGUUGCCAUAACCUGUGCUUAGUCACUCUAACAGGGGAAAAGAGGAAAUGAAAUGGAAAGUCAUGUCUCCAACCAAUACCGUAAGAUGAGAGAGAGAAAAAAAAUCCAGCUCUCUUUCUCUCUCCUCUCCUCUCCAUUGUCGUUGUGAACCAGAAAAUCUCUCUCUCUCUCUCUCUCUCUCUCUCUCUCUCCUGAGCACGGCGCACUAUUUUAGCCCACCAUCUCUCACAAACGGGAGGUAUCUUAAGCUCCAAUCCAUUGCUUGCGCGCGCACUGCACCUUGCUUAGAACUUACUUGAUCGCUGCCUCACCUUACCUCUGCCUCUCCCAAGAGUGUGCAGUUCUUGCCUUCUUGGUACGCACGCUUCCCCAUAUAUACCGGGCCAUACAUAUAGCUAGCCAGCAGCCAUCGAUCGAGGAAGCAUCCACCGAUCGCCAUUGCAACGAUAAUCACCGACGUUGCCCCGUCUUUUGUCGCCGUCGUCGGAGUAGGGGAAAGGGGAUGGGACGGCUCUCCUGCGGCGGCGUGCAGCCCAAGCUCCGCAAGGGGCUGUGGUCUCCCGAGGAAGACGAGAAGCUGUACAAUCACAUCAUCCGACACGGCGUCGGGUGCUGGAGCUCUGUCCCCAAGCUCGCAGGGCUGCAGCGGUGCGGCAAGAGCUGCCGCCUGCGGUGGAUCAACUACCUCCGCCCUGACCUGAAGCGCGGCAGCUUCUCGCAGCAGGAGGAGGACCUCAUCGUCGCGCUUCACGAGAUCCUAGGGAACAGGUGGUCGCAGAUCGCGUCGCACUUGCCGGGGCGGACGGACAACGAGAUCAAGAACUUCUGGAACAGCUGCCUCAAGAAGAAGCUCCGGCUGCGGGGCAUCGACCCGAGCACGCACAAGCCCAUCGACGCCGGUGCCGCGGCGGCGCCCGCGGCAUUGACGGACGCUCGAGAUCAGGACCAUAAGCCCGCCGCCGCUGACGGCGACAGCCUCCCUCAGAAGCAGCCGGCCGUGUUCGACCCGUUCCCGGUGACCGACUUCGGCGGUGGCUUCGACUUGGGCGUGGCCAACGUGGCGGCAUUGUACGGCCAGUACGACGUCGGCAAGGCCUCGGAGGCUGGGUUCGUCGCCGACUACAGCAGCGUGCUGGACGUGUCGGAGAACCUGGGCUACGGGGAGAGCUCGAGCAACAGCAGCAACUGGAACUGCGCCGAGAUGAGCAAUGUGCUCGACAGCGAGGUGCUGCACUGGGCCUCAGGCGGCGGCGCGAAGGCGGAGCCCUUCACGGAGAUGGAGCAGCAGCACAGCGGCUACGGCGGAGAAGUGCGGGUGGAAGACGACGCGUUGGAGCACAAGUUCUCGCUGCCCUGCCAAGAACAGAGCCUGACGCAUUUCGACUUCAACUUGGAAUACUUCUGAUCUUUUUUUCCCUUUCACUUUUGCCUUCCCGAAUUAUCUAUUCCCGUAUGUUUUUCACACGAGAGGAAGAACCAUGGCUAGAUUAGGGAUUGUACGUAGUAACCGAAAUGUUAGUACUUUUCUCUAGUCCCCAAUACACUUUUUUUUUUACCCUUUUCUGUAUACUGCUUCUGUUUCGUCAGAAGAGCAGACAGUACAUACAUACGAGAAUAUUGUGUACUAUAAAGUUUUUUUUUGUAAAGAAUAAACCUGCAGUUAUGCCUUGUGACACUAA